AGCCCUGCGAUCCGCUCGGGCCGGGCUGUCACACCGUUAUUUCAUAUGCCUCUCUUUCAUCGUGGGGAUGCCCCCGGGGAGGGGUUAUUGAAGGUUGGGUUUGGGUCUUGAUUACUUCCGGAACGCCGACGAGACCGCAUUCGCAGGUUGUUCUCGCGGUCAAGACCACCAUCGCCGUCCCCGAGCCGUGUGCAAGCUGGGAAUGAAAAUGAGACAGCAUCUGCCGCAAAACCAGCGUCUGCCGCUAAACCAGCGUCUGCCGCAAACCAGGCGGAUCCUCGGACGAGCGGUGAUCAGCAGGCUGUCGCCGAGGCGCUCGAGUUUGACGGCAAAGCGGAGGAGCUUCCAGAGUCUGCCUACCAGCGCGCCCUAUCCUCGUUCUCCGAAGACCAAAAGGCGAAGUUGACGAAGCAGGAGACCUUGCGGAGCCUCUUCCAACAGCUGAAUCAAGCAGACCAACAGCACGAGCAGCAAUCUUAUCUGCGGAGAGGGAUGAAGGCUGUGAGGCCUUACCUUGAACGGCUAAACACCAUGAUCGACUUUAUCAGCCCCUUCACCAGCACGGAGCCCGCGGUGGGCACGGCCCUUGGGCUCGUCAAAGGUGUUGCCUCGGUUGCCAUUGGCAUUUGCGGACGCUUUGAGGAUAUGACAAAGGACAUUGCAGGUUUUCUUGAAAUAAUUCCAGCCAUCGACCGCUGCGCCGAGGUCGCACGAGAUGGUGGACCACUAGCCGAGAUAUACAAUGCAUUGGUCAACAUAUAUAAAGAUCUCUUGCGAUUCUACCUGAAAAUGGUGGUGCUGUUUGAGGAGUCCCGGUUCUUUCUAGACACGGCGCUCGAAGUUUUGCGGCCCGCCGUGGCCGACAUUACCUCGUCCUUUAACACGCAUAUGGCCCUUCUCUCCAAACUAGUUGAGGCCGAGAACUUUGCCUCAAUUCAAGAGAUCAAAGAUGAGCUGGUGGACACCUUGAUCCGAGACAAUUUAGAGCGCAACGCGGAAUACGAAUGGUCCUACCACGCCAAGCUUGAAGAGCGCACCGACGAGGCCUGCCGCUGGCUCCCGGCCACCGACGCCUUCGCGUACUGGCUGCUCAACGCGCGCGACUCCAACAUCUUCGCCUUGUUUGGCGACAUGGGCACGGGCAAGACCAUGACCACAGCCUUCGUCGCAGACACCCUGACCCAGCCGGGCCGCACGCUGUGCGUCUACUACUGCAAAGACGAGCACGAGGCCGCCCAGCUCGGGACCAUCUACCGCAGCAUCCUGCGACAGUUCCUAAACCAGAAGCCCGAGCUGAAGCGCUUCUUCGCGAAAUGGUACAAGGACACGAGCCUUGUCAGCCGCGUGAACCCCACGCAAUCCCCUGAGAAGCUGCGUGGGCUCUUGCACGACAUCAUCUCUUCCUCCAAGUCUCCCGUCUUCCUGGUGCUGGACGCACUCGACGAAUGCGAGGCCCAUUGUCGGAAGCAACUGCUCUCCUUGUUUCAGGACCUGUUCGACAGCAAUGCCCGCCUGAAAGUCUUCGUUUCUUCGCGAUACGACGCCGCCAUCGAGGCAGCCCUCCCGUCAGGGCUGACCAGGGUGGAGAUGCGUUCAUCUCGAGACAGAGACAGGGCCAUCGCGGCAUAUCACGUCGGCGAACGCUACCCGCACUCCCCGUUCUAUUCAAAAAUCGUGGAUGUGCUUGCCGAGAGGGCCGACGGCUCUGCCAUCUGGCUGCGCCUCGCAGCCGAGUACAUCGCCGAGUGUCGCAUCGACAACGAUGAGGGCCUCGAGAAUGCCCUGGCCCAGCUGCCUUCAUCCAAGCGCCUCGCCGAGCUGUACGGGAGACUCUUCGCCAAGCGCUGCAAGGGGAUCAAGCAAAAUAAGACCCUUCUGCGGCUCGCGCUCGAGCUCCUCGCCGUUGCCCGACGGCCCCUCACCCGAGAGGAGCUCCUCUUUGCCAUCUUCGUCGUCAACCCCAUCGGCAAGGACAAGGCAACUCUUGCCGAGCUGGACCGCCUUGCUCACAGCGUCGACGUGGUCGACAUCGGCCGUCCCUUCCUCAGCGUGGUCGACAUUGGCCGUCCCUUCAUCAGCGUUGCCGACGGCAAGGGGGGGAAGAGUCCGCGGUUGCGCCUGGUCCACCAGUCUCUCAGGGAGCUCAUUCUCGCCGCCCCGCCUCUCCAAUGGGAUUCGGCUGAAGACAACGAAGAUGAGGAGCGCGCCGGCGAGCUGGAAGCGAAUCUGCUGCAGCGCUGCGUCAAAUAUCUUCUCUUCAAUGAGUGCGAGGAGAGCAGCCUCUUGCCGGCGCCCGCCCAAGAGUUUAGCGAGACCGGGCUGUCCGCUUUCGGCGGCAUGUUCGACGACGAGGCGGACGAGCAGGCGGACGCCGAGGGCCCGACGCCCUCCGGCUUCGACCCAUCCGAGCGUGGCUUCGGACCCUUCUUCGCCUACGCCGCCAGUUACUGGACGAGCCACUACGCCGCCGCGCCAGCAGGACGACGGCCCAGUGCUCGGCAGCUCGCAGCGCUGUGUCGCAAAGGUUCCCGGCGGCUAGAGAACUGGGUCGAGCAAUGGCAGAGGCCAUCGUGUUCCUCCGCCCCAGAGCGAGAGUUCCCUGAGGACAUGUCAAGCCUUGACCCGCUCACCGUCGCCGCCAUCUUCGGACCUGCGGGAUCCGCAGCCGACCUUCUCGAGCUCGAUCUCGACAGUUCGGUUCUCGCCCGAGAUUCGGCGUGGACGGCGGCCCGGCGUUUGAUCAAAAGAGCCGACGUGCGGACCCUCCAUGAUCUGGCGCGGCACAAGGACCUGCGGCCGAUCCUGUGCUGCUGCAGGCUUCUGUUCAUGGCAAUAGACGUUUUCCAAUGGCCCGACGCGCCGGACGACGAUGCAUUGGCAAGCGACUGGGCAGCGCUCUUCGACUUCGUGAUCGACCAGGCCCGCGAGGGCCUCCUCACCCAAGCGAACGACAUGCUUCGGCGGGCCGCUCGGCGCGGGUGCUUGGUGUUGAUCAAGAGACUCUGCUCCGCGGCGGCCGCGGACCCAGACCUCCGCGACGCGCUCCUGGCGCCGGGUCCGGACUACGCCCGGGCCCUGUCCCUCCAGGUGCAUCAGUCUAUUGGCGAAGCGGCGUACGGCGGCCGCGCGGCCGUCGUGCGCUUCCUGUGCGAGCAGCCCAUGUUCGAGCCCCACCUGCGCCACGUCAACAAGCACGGCUUCACCGUCUUCCACCAAGCCGUCUGGAAGCCCGACGAGGACAUCCUGCGCACGCUCGUCCGGCACUGGCCCGAGGGGGUCGACGUCCGCGACGUCGACGACGACACCCCGCUGGGCUACCUGCUCUUCAACAUGGGCGGAACCAUGGAGGCCACGCUGCUGCGGAGCCUCGAGGUGCUCCUGCGCGAGGGCAAGGCGGACGCCACGGGCCGACACGAUCCGCCGGGGUCCUCACCGCUGUGCACAGCUGUGCGAGCGGGGGUUGGGGAGAAGGGGCUGAGGUUUCUCGUCGUCGAGGGCGGCGCCGAUGUGUGGGAGGCCGUGGGCGUGGACGAGGCGACGGGCAGGCCGUUCCUGCUGAAAGAGGUGGCCAGGUAUCCCGACGAACAGGUGCGGGAGAAGGCGUUGAAGGUGCUGUGCUCGCUGCUGCCGUUUGCGGCGUCGGUUGACUAUCUCACUUGA